CAGUUGUGUUUUGACCGUCGUCGCGUUCGGUAGCCGUUGCUCGUCGUGUGUCGUCCCCUUCCUGUGUGUGUAGUACCGUUAUUAACGCAUACACACUCGCGCGCGCUAACCUGGUAGUGGUGGUUUCAUUCACAAGAAUACUACCACACACUGAGGUUUCCUGGAGAUUGAUCGCAGCACACCUUGAGCGCGAUCUAGUUCGGGAAAGGGCUGAGAGCGAGCGCGAUCGUGUGAGUGAGCGGCAGUAGGCUAUGACCAAUACGCGCGAAGAUCGGUAGCCUGGAGAAUGUAGUUUUUUGUUGUUGUGUAUCGUGUACGAUCGGCCUGCUAGAUUGGGUCGGGUCAGGCGAAGGAUACAAUUUCCGUUGAGGAAUUUCGGCGGAAUGAAUUCCUGCACGUGAAUCGAAUUUGUAACAGUGUGUAAUACGAAAGCAUUUAAAAAAAUUGUCGGUGACAAAUUAAAAGGAAAAGCGAAAAAAUACGGUGUGCGUGUUCACUUCAAAUUCUCCAUAUUUUAUAUCGCUUCGUUAAAAUAAAAAGAAGGCCAAUAAGGCGAAGCGAAGAAAAAGCUUCCAGAGUGGUGAAUCCUACAGGUGUGUGUUUGGUUAAGGCGCGCGCUUCUCGGCACUACUACACCGCACGCACAGAGAUGACGAAGACGGAGCAGAUGUAAACCGUGAGAAACCAGUAAAACAUAAAAAAAUACGAGUGAAGAAUGGAGAAGAGAAUGUAAGAAGUAAUCGGAGAAGAAGUGAAAAAAAAAGAUCAAACACAACAAGAGAAUCGGUUCGAAACGUGUGUAUUGGAGAAGGAAAAAGAUAAGCACUACUAAAACAUCAACGAGCUGCAAUUGGAGUGCCCGUUGUGAGGAAAAGGCUCUCGAAACAAAGUGUGAUCACGAAAAAAAAGAAGAGUUCUAGUCGCUGUUUACCUUGCUGUACCCGCGCACAAUAAUUUCGCUGUAAGUGUGGUGCGGUUUGUUGUUGAUUCAGUGUUAUCUACCCCAAGUUCGGGUAGCCAGAUAAGUACCCAAGGUGCCGAUAAGAAGGCAGUAGUGUCACAUUUGUCGCGUUGAGGUUAGUUGAAGUUGGGUUCUAAUUGGCAAAGCCGAAUCAAAUAUGGCAGUGAAUCAUCGCCAGGAAGAAAGUGUGCAAUAGGGUUCUCGGAAAUGGAAGCUCACGAACGACUAGGACAUCCGGCGGCCAUGUUGGAAGAGGGGGAAGUGCGGGGUACGACAGUUACUGGAAGGGGAAGAAGAAGCGGUGAUAGUUGCAACAGCAGUAGUAACUCAACGAGAGCAGUGAUAAUGCGUAGAACCGGCAGACGACCUCGAUCCCUAAUGGGUGCGGCCCGGUUAUCAGCGGGAUUGGCGUUCGCAGCGAUAGUGGCGCUGCUCGGUGGAAUCCCGUCGGUUUUUGCAGCAGAACCGCAAAUGCAGGCGCCCCGCUUCACGACGCAACCGUCCUCGUCCGGGUCGAUGGUGAACGAAGGCCGGACCAAGAUUCUCCAGUGUCAUGCGCUAGGUUAUCCGCAGCCAAUGUACCGGUGGCUGAAGAACGGUGUCCCGGUGGGGGACUUUGACACCAGUCAGUAUUUGAAGAUCCAGAGUACGACCCGGGAGGACGCCGGAUCGUACCAGUGUUUGGCGAAGAACGACGCCGGGACGAUAUUCAGCGAGAAGAUUGACGUCGUGGUGGCAUAUAUGGGCAUCUUCGAGGACCUCACCGAGCAGAUCGUGUCGGUGCAGUCGGGCUACCCGGCGAUCCUGAACCUGUCCCGGAUCGAGUCCGGGCCAGCACCGUCGGUAACGUGGCAAACGGAGGACGGUCCGCUGAACUACGACAUCAAGUACGCAACGACGGCGAGCAACCAGCUGAUCAUCCUGAGCGUGGACGAGAACGACAUGAAGAGCUACCAGGCGAGGGCGAUCAACACCCAGAUUGGAAAGGAGGAGAUCAGUGCGUUGAUCAGGGUUAACGUUACGGAGGGUUCGUACGGGGAGGUCGCGCCGGAGAUUAUCGUCGAGCCGAAGAGUAUCAAGGUGGUGCGGGGUGAGCAGACGGUGCAGCUGGAGUGCAUUGCCAACGCGAGGCCACUGCACGAGCUGGAGACGAUCUGGUUGAAGGACGGGAUUCCGGUGGAGAACGCCGGGAUUUCGUACGCCCAUACGGAUCCGUGGAAUAGGACGUUGGCGCUGUUGUACGUGAACUUGACGCAUACCGGGCAGUACACCUGUCAGGUGCAGAUGAGGACCGGCGGACAUCCGACGGUGCACUCGGUGGCGACGGUGACCGUGCAGGAACCUCCGUCGUUCUUCACGCCGUUCCGGACGGAAACCCUGGGGGAGUACGGAUCGAAGACGGUGCUACCGUGCGACGUGAUUGGGGAGCCGGUGCCGUACGUGACCUGGUUCCGGAACGCUGAAGGACUGGAUCUUUCAACGGAUCGCUACCAGGUGCAGGACGAUCACUCGCUGGUGAUCAAGAAGCUCAGCAUGGAGGACUCCGCCAUGUUCCAGUGCUUGGCGAGCAACGAAGCUGGUGAAAAGUCCAGCUACACCUGGUUGAAGGUCAAAAACCUAACCCUGUCCACAACGCCCCCGCCGGAAGCACUCCGGCGCCAGCUGGUCCUCUACAACCAGUUUGUCCGCAACAAGCGUCUGGCGCAGCCGAGGAUCAUCCGGGUGCGCAACUCGGCCGCCGGGGACACCUCGGUAGAACCGCCCUCCGGAGUGGUCACCGUUGCACCAGCGGCGGCGACCGCGACGCCGGGUCGAACCCGCAAAAAGGCCACCGGAAGUCCGGCCAACAGUUUGAGGAAUGCGGCGGAGGAAAUGGCUAAAAGCGGCGAUGGGAGACCAUCCGUCCCAAUUCUGGAGAUGAGUCCGACCAACCAAACCGUCCUGGACGGCAAGGACGCCACGAUGCACUGCCGAGCCGUGGGCGCUCCGACGCCGAACAUCACCUGGGUCUUCAACGAAUCACAAGGUAUCGAACUGUCCGGCCGGAUCCAGAUCCUGGACUCGGGCGAUCUGCUGAUCUCGAACGUGCGCGAGUCCGACACCGGUCUGUACACCUGCAUCCGGGCCAAUGAAGCCGGAGUCGUUACCGGAGAGGCCCACCUGGGCGUCAUGGUUCGAACGCAGAUCGUGCAACCUCCGGCGGACACGACGGUGCUGCUCGGUCACACCGCAGCCCUCCAGUGCAAGGUCUCGUCGGAUCCGACCGUCCCGUUCAACAUCGACUGGUACCGGGAGCCACAGUACGUUACCCCUAACCCCGUAACAGCCACCCAUGUAACGACCUUGCCCUCCCCCAGGCGUCAACCGAUCAAGAACAGCCAGCGGAUCGCCGUCAAGGCGGACGGCACGCUGGAGAUCAUCGAGGUGCGGCCCUCGGACGUUGGCCAGUACUCGUGCAUCGUUACGUCGCCCGGAGGUAACGAGACGCGAUCGGCACGGCUGAGCGUGGUGGAACUCCCGUUUGCUCCUACGAACGCCAAAGCGGUCCGGCUGAACACCGCUACCCACCGAGCGAUCAACGUUUCCUGGACCCCGGGCUUCGACGGGAACAGCCCCGUCCUCAAGUUCAUCAUCCAGCGGCGGGAAGUCCCGGAGCUGGGUCCCCUACCAGACCCCCUGCUCAACUGGGUCACCGAGCUGAGCAACGUGUCCGCCGGGUCCCGCUGGGUCCUCCUCACCAACCUGAAAGCGGCCACCGCGUACCAGUUCCGCGUGAGCGCGGUCAACCGCGUCGGCGAAGGUUCCCCGUCCGACCCGAGCAACGUGAUCAAGCUUCCGCAGGAAGCCCCGUCCGGUCCCCCGGUGGGAUUCGUCGGUUCCGCCCGGUCCUCGUCGGAGAUCAUCACCCAGUGGCAACCGCCGCUGGAGGAACACCGCAACGGUCAGAUCCUCGGCUAUAUCAUCCGGUAUCGGCUGUUUGGGUACAACGCCAGCCCGUGGAACGCCCGCAACAUCACGAACGAAGCCCAGCGCAACUACCUGAUCCAGGAGCUGAUCACGUGGAAGGAUUACAUCGUGCAGAUCGCCGCGUACAACAACAUGGGCGUCGGGGUUUACACCGAGGGGGCGAAGAUCAAGACGAAGGAGGGCGUGCCGGAAGCGCCGCCGACGAACGUGCGAGUUCAGGCGUUGAACUCGACGGCGAUUCGGGUGUGGUGGAAGCCGCCGAAUCCGCAGCAGAUCAACGGGAUCAAUCAGGGGUACAAGAUUCAGGCUUGGAAGUACGAGAUCUACGAUGGGGAGGAACACGAGAUGGAGGCCAAGACGGUGACGGUUCCGCCGAGCUUGCUGGAUCCGCUGGCGGAGCAGGACACGGUCAUGGCGGGGUUGGACAAGUUUGAGUCGUACAAUAUUACGGUGCUUUGCUUUACGGAUCCUGGAGAUGGUGAGCGGAGCUACCCGAUCGAGGUCAAGACCAAAGAGGACGUUCCGGACGAGGUGGGAUCGCUGCAGUUUGACGACGUGUCCGAUCGUGAGGUGAAGGUCAUGUGGACGCCGCCCAAGCAGAUCAACGGGAUCCUUACUGGGUACCAGGUCAGGUACAUGAUCAAGGAUCGCACGGAUACGAUGAAGAGUUUCAAUCUGAGUGCGGAUACGACGAGCUUGAAGGUUGUGAACUUGAUCGCGACGACGCACUACUGGUUCGAGGUGACGGCGUCGACUUCGAUGGGAUCUGGAUUGCCACGGACGGCUACCAUUCAAUCUGGGGUGGAGCCGGUUCUUCCGAAUCCCCCGUAUCAGCUCGCUUUGUCCAACAUUGAAGCCUUCUCGGUGGUCAUUCAGUUCACCCCGGGCUUCGACGGUAACUCCUCGAUCACCAAGUGGACCGUUGAGGGUCAAACGGCUCGCAACCUGACGUGGUUCACCGUGUACGAAGUACACGAUCCGGACGCGUUCACCCUAACCGUAACCGGACUCACCCCCUUCACUCCGUACCGCCUCCGGAUCAUCGCGUGGAACGUGGUCGGUCCUUCGGAACCCUCCGAACCCACCAAGGACUUCCAGACGAUCCAGGCUAGGCCGAUGCACCCUCCGCUGAACGUAACCGUCCGGGCGAUGAGCGCUACGGAGUUGCGCGUCCGCUGGAUCCCGCUGCAGCAAACCGAGUGGUUCGGAAACCCCCGCGGGUACAACAUCACCUACCGCAACGUCAACGAAAAGUCCCAGGUCGCGCCGUACAGCGUGGUGAUCGAGGAUCCGACCGCGAACUCGCACGUGCUGGACAACCUGGAGGAGUGGUCGGUGUACGAGAUCUUUAUGCGAUCGGUGAACGAGGUCGGCCAGUCGGCGGAUAGUCCGCACGCGUUCGAGCGAACCCGGGAAGCGGUUCCGUCGUUUGGUCCGCUCGGGGUGGAAGCGAACGCGACCUCGUCAACGACGAUCGUGGUCAAGUGGAACGAGGUGCCGAAGGAACACCGGAACGGGCAGAUCGAUGGGUACAAGGUGUUUUACGGGUCGGCGGGGAGGACGCAGGUUCUGCACAAGACCAUUCCGAACAACUCGACCCACACGACGACGCUGACGGAGCUGAAGAAGUUUGUUCAGUACGACAUUCAGGUGUUGGCUUAUACGAGGUUGGGCGAUGGAAUGCUGAGUACGCCUCCGGUGAGGGUGCAGACGUUCGAGGACACGCCGGGAGCGCCGUCCAAUGUUUCGUUCCCGGACGUUUCGUUCAGCAUGGCGAGGAUCAUUUGGGACGUUCCGGAGGAGCCCAACGGGGAGAUCUUGGCGUACAAGGUCACCUACUUGCUCAACGGAUCAAUGAGUUUGAACUUUAGCCGGGAGUUCCCGCCGUCGGAUCGGACCUUCCGGGCGACGCAACUUCUUGCGGAACGGUACUACCUGUUCAGCGUUACGGCGCAGACGAGGUUGGGUUGGGGCAAGACCGCGGCUGUGCUGGUCUACACGACCAACAACCGGGAGAUCCCGCAAGGGCCCUCGUCACCUCAAAUCUCACGAUCCCAGGUGCAAGCCGAGCAGAUCACGUUCAGCUGGACUCCCGGUCGGGAUGGGUUCGCCCCUCUUCGCUACUACACGGUGCAGUUCCGGGAGAAUGAAGGCCCCUGGACAGUGAUUCCGGAACGGGUGGAUCCAUCGAUUACUUCCUACACGGCGCUAGGACUAAAGCCGCACACGCUGUACCAGUUCCGGAUACAAGCGACUAACGACAUUGGACCUUCCGCGUUCAGCAAGGAAAGCAUUGAGGUUAGGACACUUCCCGCUGCACCGUCGGAAGGAAUCACCGGGUUGAAGGUCGUCCCGAUAACCACGACCAGCGUGCGCGUUCAGUGGCGAUCACUGCCCAAAAACAUGUGGAACGGGGACGCCGCUACCGGAGGUUACCGAAUCCUCUACCAACCAGUGUCCGACUUCCCAUCAACGCUCCAAAGCACUCCCAAACAAGACGUGAUGGGCGUGGAGCAGGAGUCGGCGAUCCUAAAGGAUCUCACCCAGGACCGCAACUACGAGAUCAUCGUGCAACCCUUCAACUCGCAAGGUUCCGGACCUCCGACACCGCCAGUCGCCGUCUACGUCGGGGAAGCCGUCCCAACCGGAGAACCCCGAGGAAUCGACGGAGCUCCGGUGAGUUCCACCGAAGUCCGGCUUCGCUGGAAGGCGCCCCAGCAGAGCAUGCAGAACGGCGAGCUGCUCGGGUACAAGAUCUUCUACCUGGUCACCGAUUCCCCCCAGGAGCUGGAAGAAGGCCGCAAGCACGAGGAGGAGAUCGAGGUCGUCCCGGCUUCGUACACCUCGCACAGUCUCGUCUUCCUGGACAAGUACACCGAGUAUCGGAUCCAGAUCCUGGCGUUCAAUCCUGCCGGGGAUGGACCCCGGUCGGCGCCGAUCACGGUCAAGACGCUGCAGGGGCUGCCGGGACCGCCGAGCAGCCUGUCCUUCUCGGAUAUCACAAUGAACAGCCUGAAGGUCAGCUGGGAUCCGCCGAGGAAGCGGAACGGGGAGAUCCUGGGGUACAUCGUGACGUACGAGACCACCGAGGAUAAUGAGAAAUUCAGCAAACAGGUCAAGCAGAAGGUCUCCGGAACUUCCCUCAUUAUCCAGAACCUCGAGGAGGAGGUCACCUACACCUUCACGGUGCGCGCCCAAACCAUCGACUAUGGGCCGGCCCUAAGCGGGAACGUGACCACCGGUCCGCAGGAGGGUUCGCCGGUAUCGCCACGGGAUCUGCUCCUCUCCAAAUCGCAGGCCGCCGUCGACAUGUCCUGGCUGAACGGACCCUCCGGCAAGGGACCGAUCCUGGGCUAUUACAUCGAAACCAAGAAGCGUGACGAUUCCCGGUGGGAGACGGUCGCCCGAACCACCAACGGUCCCAUCCAGGAGUUCACCGUCAGCUUCCAGAGCUUGCUGCCCUCGACGGCGUACAAAUUCCGCGUGAUCGCGUACAACCGGUACGGCAUCAGCUGUCCGGUGUACUCGGACGACGCGAUCCUGACGCCGUCGAAGCUGUACCUCGAGUACGGAUACCUGCAGCAGAAGCCGUUCUACCGGCAGACCUGGUUCAUGGUGGCGCUGGCCGCCACUUCGAUCAUCAUCAUCAUCAUGGUCAUUGCGGUGCUGUGCGUCAAGAGCAAGAGUUACAAGUAUAAGCAGGAAGCCCAAAAGACCCUGGAGGAAUCGAUGGCGAUGUCGAUCGACGAGCGGCAAGAGCUGGCGCUGGAACUGUACCGAUCGCGGCACGGCGUAACGAGCCAGAACGGAACGUUGAACGGGACGAGCACGCUGGGCAGGAGGACGGGAACGAUCCUGGGGGGAAGCAGAAAGCCGCAGACGUCGGCGGCGGCGGCCGCUUCGCUGGGGAAGAGUCCGCCGCGGCCAUCGCCGGCGUCGGUGGCGUACCACAGCGACGAGGAGAGCCUGAAGUGCUACGACGAGAAUCCGGACGACAGCAGCGUGACGGAGAAGCCGUCGGAAGUGAGCUCGAGCGAUUCGCAGGCCUCCGAAAGCGAGAACGAGAGCGUCCGCUCGGACCCGCACUCGUUCGUGAACCACUACGCCAACGUGAACGACUCGCUGCGGCAGUCCUGGAAGCGCCAGAAGCCCGUCCGCAACUACUCGAGCUACACGGACUCGGAGCCGGAGGGCAGCGCCGUCAUGUCCCUGAACGGGGGCCAGAUCAUCAUGAACAACAUGGCCCGGUCGCGGGCGCCGCUGCCCGGCUUCAGCUCCUUCGUAUGACCCUCGUCCUGUGAGGGCAUCCUGAUGGACGAGCUGGACGCGCGGUUGAAGACCAGGACGACGACGAUGGUGGCGAAUGGCGGCGGCGGGAAGGUUCACCACUGUCCGCACCAUGCCGCGGUCAUCGUGGGCAGUCGCAGCGAGAACCAGCUCGCGUCCUGAUAGCUAGGAGUAGGUGACGGAGGGAAACUUGCUUGUGAUACAAACGUUUUACAACUGAACAUUUAGACGAGAAGACGCGAAUUUUUUUUUUCGAGGAAGAGCGAGUGAGAAGCUGAGUGUGUGUGUGAGGGAGAGAGCGCGUUUUCGAAUAAUGCAUAAUCAAACAAAAUGUGACUGAUUUUUUUUAAAAGCAAAAACAAAAAGCGUUCUUUAACAUUCCAACGCCCAAGGCUCCAAAAAAGUUGGAACGGUAACUUCAACUCGCUGGUUCUCGAGUAUAACUCAACCAAUCAAGAUGAUUCUUCUUUCUAAUGAUUUGUUAGGAUGUCUAUAUAAUUCUAGAACUUUGCAGAACUCAAUUUGAUCAAAUCUUUAAUUUUUGCGAUCAAAAACAUCGUUCCAACUUUUUUUUUCGCGAGUAAAAAAAAAUUCGCUUAAAAUUCCGCGGAGGCAGUCGUUUUAAAAAAGGUGGAACGAUGUUUUCGGUCGCAGAAAUUACAGAUUUGUUCAAAUCAAGUUCUGCAAAAUUUUGGGAUCAUCUAGACAUUCUUACAAAUCCCUGGAAACAAGAAUCGUCCCGAAUGGUUGAGUUAUGUCCGAGAACCAGCGAGUUGAAGUUGCCGUUCCAACUUUUUUGGGAGGCUUGGGCGUCCGUGUAAGUUGGACAUGCGUUGGGCGUUCCAGUGUUAAAGGGUAAGAUUUAGUUUCGAGCCGAAUUUGUAUUAGUUUUCUACACCGUCUUUAAAGAGAAAACUUUCCACGCGCGAUGCGAUCAAGUACACGAUAUGAUAGGGUUUUUUUUUGUGGAGAGAAAGUCUAAAUCACACAACCGACACAAGGAUUGCUGUUAUGUACAAUACCAAUACGACCGCUGAAAUUAAUCGAGGUUAGGAAAUUAGUUAGUGGAAUAAGUGUAGAACAGAAAGAGCCAUAAGAUGUAAGUAGGUAGAUUACGGGCGCUGCUAGAAAAAGUGUGGAGAACUACUUGAUUUUAACAAAAAAAAAAGAA